AUGAAGAAAACUGAAAAACAUCAAUCAACACGUAAAAAGCCAGGCAUGCCAUCAACUUCCAAAUCGAUGUCAAGGCCACCUACUGGUAUUUUAAUACCAAAGAUAAAAAUGCCAGCGGAUUUCAUGAUACGAACAGAGCCAUUAUUUUCGUUGCCACCAGAAAUAGUCCAGCUUCCUGCUCCGACAAGCAGAGCGGCGAAACUGCAAGCUGCUAAGACAGCAAUAGCACCUAAAUUGAGAAGGCCAGGAUUGAUGCAAAGCUACACGGAAAUGCGGAAGAAGAGGGAGGACUUUCGCGCUACGUUGAUGAAUCUGAUCUGUCAAUCAGCUCCGGAAGACUGUGAAGAGGCCGAGGCCUCCGAAGAAGAGAAUAAGCGCCGCUAUUACUUCUACUUGAAGUACGGUCUGGACACCAUCCACGUCGCGCCUUUGGAUAAUAAAAUUAUACUAAAAGUUCACAACUUGAUUGCAACUCAUCUGAAAAAAUGGAAAACAACACUGUUCAGCUGCAUAGAUGAGAUGCGUGAAGACUUUAUGAUGAGUAUGAAGAAGGCUAUCGUUGACUUUAUUCUUAACGAUCCUAAUAAGGUAUGUGCAAUAUCCAAGUUGAAUUUAAUUCUUGAUCAAUCGCUUUUGUCUAAGGACGAGGCAUGGCGGGACCGCUACGUAGCCGCGAAGACUUACCUGUUCAAAAACCUGCACACUGUUAACCCUUGUAUCGCGCAGGUGCUGCAGAUAUGGUGGAAGCAGUUCAAUGAUCUCCGAUUGAUAAGCAUGAGAGACAUAAUGACGACACGAGAGCCGUACGAGCUGCAAGACUUCAGUUUCAUAUGCAAGCGGCAUAUCGAAGCCGCCGGCAACGUGUUGGCACUCCAGUGGAUACCCACCAUUCAGGCUGUUUUCCUGCAGGGAAGCAAAAGGAAACACAUUCCCGAACCCAAACAAGUGCGAAAGAUGAAACAUUUUUACGACUGUCUGGGAUGUAUUAUGACUUAUAAUCUGCAGUCAUUAUGUUUAAAGUCUAUGAAGGAGUUCACCGAAUACAUUUUGGAUGUUGGCGGGAUGAAUCAAGGGUUUAUAAUAAACUUGGUGUAUAAAGACAAUAAAAUAGAUUUUGAUCCGGAAUUCAAGAAGUUCAAAGAGAGUAUUAGUCUUCUGUACGACAUACAGAUAGACACAUGUCAACAGUCUCCUCGCUUGGAAACGCAGUUGUAUCAGGAUUUUAUCGCCACUUCACGAAUUAGUUUGAGGCCAAUAGUAGAAGAUGAAAUAGUUAACCGUUAUAGGAAACAGAUUUUUGAUUUGAUUAAUGAACAUGCAGUGAUUUGCGAACAACGAAUUGCUGAUUUUGAUACAUAUGUCUGCCUACUGGAUGGAAGAUCUGAUAAGGAAGUAGAUGCUUUUAUAAAUUCUCGACCUGAGAAAACGUUCGAUCAAUAUUGUGCCGAGUCGAUAAGAUAUGUGGAGCUGGCGAAAGAGAUAAUAAUGGUUUUGGAGUCGACUCUCUACAUAGGCAUGUUCAGGUUGCAACGAGCAGAUCUUAUAGCUUUAUUGAGAGCCGCCGCUACCAAACUUGCUAAUACUCUUCUUAAAAAAAUGACAGAUGACUACCAAGCUAAAAUUAAGGGUAUUCAUGAAGAAUACAAGAGCAUAGCUGACAAGCUGCUGAGCCAACCGCCCGAUACGGCUGCGUUGAUGGACCUGAUAGCAUAUUGCAAGAAAGUGGAGGACACAUUGUUCAGUGAGAUGGAAGACAAGCUGCGUGACGCCAUGAAGUACAUCUGCUUCCUAGGAGACUACACCAUCUUUUCCCCGCAAGAACUCAAGGCUAACAACCAGGCCUACCAUUGGUAUUCCCGUCUACCGAACGUGAUAGAAGAAUGCAAGGCGACUAUAGAUAUCAAGAAUGUCGAAUACCAGGAGCUGUUGAAGGUGAAAAUCGCAAAAUUCAUCGAAGACUUGGAUCUGUAUGAAACGCAACUGGAAGAGUUUCAAUACUGGGGUGACAUUGUCGAGCUGCCAGAAUAUGUGGACAAAGCUCACGCCCUCGACGAACAAUUAUGUUACGGUUUGACAAGAAUCGAUCAGUUUAACGAAGAAGAAGCUUCAUUUGGAUAUGAACUCUCGCAAUAUCCAAAAAGAAAAAUGGUGUAUGACAAACUUACCCCGUUCAAAAAACUAUAUGACGCGGGUUACGAAUUCCUCGAUAAACAUGACAAGUGGAUGGGUGCUAAGGUUGGAAGCUAUGAGCCUGAAGAUAUAGAAGGUGACGUUACCUACUAUUAUAAAAUUGUCUAUAAAUUGGAAAAGUCAUUCGCGGAAGUGCCAGAUACUUUAAACCUUGCCGUAAAUAUAAGAGAGAGAAUGGACAAAUUCAAGACCCACAUGCCAAUUAUUCAAACUUUGGGGAAUCCGGGCAUGAAACCACGACACUGGGAGAAAAUAUCUGAUAUAGUCGGUUUUCCUAUAGUCGUAGACGACGACUUAUCAUUGAAGAAAGUUAUUGACUUUGGUUUGGAUGACUAUAUCGAUAAGUUUGAGAGUAUUUCAGAAGCAGCUACUAAAGAGAACAACCUCGAAAGAACAAUGGACAAGAUGAUGAAGGAAUGGCAAGAUCUCAGAUUCGAGAUUUUGCCGUACAAAGAAACUGGUACAUAUAUUUUGUCGAGUGUGGAUGAGAUUCAAUUGUUGUUAGACGAUCACAUUGUGAAAACUCAAACAAUGAAGAAUUCUCCGUACAUAAAACCAUUUGAAGAAAUGAUAUUGGAUUGGGAAGGCAAGUUAGUGCUUCUACAAGAAAUUUUGGAUGAGUGGCUGAAAGUACAGGCUACAUGGAUGUACUUGGAACCUAUUUUUGCAUCACCUGAUAUUCAACAACAAAUUCCCGAGGAAGGAAGACGUUUCAGUGCCGUUGACAAGAUGUGGAAAGACAUAAUGAAAACGUCCUACACUGAGCCAAGGGUACUCGAUGUUAUUACUAUAGAAAAAAUGUUAGACAGACUAAAGAAGUCGAAUGUUCUGCUAGAUUUAGUUCAGAGAGGACUAAAUGCGUAUCUGGAGAAGAAACGAUUGUAUUUCCCAAGAUUUUUCUUCCUUUCCAACGACGAGUUGCUUGAAAUCUUGUCUGAAACUAAAGAUCCAAUGCGUGUACAGCCUCAUUUGAAGAAAUGUUUCGAGGGCAUUGCGAAACUGACCUUUACAGAAGAUUUAGUGGUGACGCACAUGAGAUCAUCUGAAGGCGAGAUUGUGCCGCUUACUAUUACUAUCAACACUGCAGCAGCUAGAGGACAGGUGGAGAAGUGGCUUUUGGAGCUGGAAAAGGCGAUGAAAGCAUGCGUGCAUCAUGAAGUGGGCCUUUCUUUCGAUGCCUAUGUAGAACAACCACGCGAGCAGUGGGUACUCUUAUGGCCAGGUCAAGCGGUACAAUGCAUAGCAAUGACUUAUUGGACAUUAGAAGUGACAGAAGCUAUUCAUAUUAACAUCCCCGCUAUGAGAGCUUAUUGGGAUAAGUGUAAUUUCCAGAUUUCUAAAAUUGUCGAUUUGGUUCGAGGCGAGCUUAGCUUGCAGAAUAGAAUAACGCUAGGGGCUCUCGUGGUCUUAGAUGUACAUGCACGUGAUGUUCUCAUGCUGUUGAUUGAAUUAAAAGUAGAAGUGGACAACGAUUUUAAUUGGUUGUCACAGAUACGAUACUACUGGGAGGAACAAGAAGAUGAAAUAAAGUCUAUGCAGUUAGCCACUCGCAUGAUCAACUCUACGCUAAUGUAUGGCUAUGAAUAUCUGGGCAAUACCGGCAGACUUGUCGUUACACCGCUAACUGAUCGUUGCUUUAGAACUCUCUUUGGAGCUCUUCACUUGAAUUUAGGAGGUGCACCUGAGGGUCCAGCUGGUACCGGAAAAACAGAAACUACAAAAGAUCUGGCAAAAGCUGUGGCUAAGCAGUGCGUGGUCUUUAAUUGUUCCGAUGGGCUGGAUUACAUUGCUCUUGGGAAGUUUUUCAAGGGUUUGGCAUCAUGCGGUGCCUGGUCGUGCUUCGAUGAGUUCAACCGCAUCGACCUAGAGGUGCUCUCCGUGGUUGCGCAGCAGAUCCUCUCCAUCCAACGCGGUAUCAACUCUGGCUCUACGGAACUAUUGUUCGAAGGCACAUUACUACAGCUUGACAAAUCUUGCGCUGUGUUUAUUACUAUGAAUCCUGGGUACGCAGGCCGAUCUGAGUUACCAGAUAACUUGAAGGCUUUAUUCCGUUCCGUUGCCAUGAUGGUACCAGAUUAUGUUCUGAUUUCUGAGAUCGAAUUGUAUGCGUUUGGUUAUUUGGAUGCUAAACCGCUCGCUGUCAAGAUUGUAGCGACAUACAAACUUUGCUCAGAACAACUUUCCUCACAAUGCCAUUAUGAUUACGGUAUGCGCGCGGUGAAGUCCGUCUUGCGUGCUGCUGGAGCCCUCAAACUCCGAUAUCCAGACGAAGUGGAGGAUGUUAUUCUACUGCGCUCCAUCAAGGAUGUUAACUUGCCCAAGUUCCUUGAACAUGAUGUUCCACUAUUUAUGGGUAUUAUUGGCGAUUUGUUCCCUGGCUUACCCUUGCCGCAAGCGGGCUUGCCGCAUUUAGUAGCAUGCCUUAAGGAAGUGUGUGUUCCACUUAACUUACAAGCCAAUGAUUUCUUUAUAGAGAAGGUCCUGCAAUUGUACGAGAUGAUUCUCGUCAGACACGGGCUAAUGUUGGUUGGUUUUCCAUUAUCUGGCAAGACCAAGAGUUAUCAUGCUCUCGGUGCAGCACUAGCAUCGGUUUCAGAAAAGGGUUUAAUGGAUGAAAAUGCAGUGGAAUGGAUAGUAAUCAAUCCGAAGUCAAUAACAAUGGGUCAGCUGUACGGGCAGUUCGACCCGGUGUCCCACGAGUGGUCUGAUGGGAUCUUAGCUAUCAGCUACCGAGCAUUCGCUGUCUCCCCCAAUAAUAACAGAAAAUGGCUAGUAUUUGAUGGCCCUGUGGAUGCCAUCUGGAUAGAAAAUCUGAACACCGUGUUAGAUGAUAAUAAAAAGUUAUGCUUGAUGAGCGGCGAGAUUAUACAGCUGGCGCCUACUACCAAUUUGGUAUUCGAACCAAUGGACCUUGAAGCCGCUUCACCUGCUACGGUAUCACGUUGUGGUAUGAUCUACAUGGAACCAAAAGGCCUGGGAUGGAAGUGUUUGCUGGAGUCAUGGCUGAACACGUUACCCCCAACUUUGCAUAGCGUCAAUAAAAACUUGAUUCGCGGCCUCUUCAACCGAUUUACUUCUCCUCUGCUUUGGCUAGUUGAGUAUUCUAAGCAAGUGAAGCAAAUGUACGUCACAUCUCGGAGCAAUCUAGUGACUUCAUGUAUGAAACUAUACGAUUGUUUUAUGGAUGACUUUUAUGAUGAGAAGUAUGUGGAUUCGCUGUCAGACCUCGAUGUCAGGGCACAGCUUGAGGGCGUGUUUUUCUUCUCGUGUAUAUGGUCACUGGGAGCCACAUUGGAAGCCAGUGGUAGAGCAAAAUUCGAUAUGAUGUUUCGUGGAUUACUAGAUAAAGAGUUUCCUGAGAAGGUAAUUGAGGAUUUGAAAUAUCCCCGUGAGAUUGCUAAACCAGACAAGCAAUAUAUACUUACAAUACCAAAAGAAGGACUCGUUUUUGAUUAUCGAUACACCAAAGAGGGAAAAGGAAAGUGGAAGCCGUGGCAAGAUGAUGUGAUUGCCGCCCCACCAAUCGGCAGGGAUACUCCGCCUAAUCAGAUACUGGUGACGACCCUGGACAGCGUACGGUUUCUGGCGCUAUUCCAGCUGUUCGUCACGCACCAGAAGUUAGUCAUGAUGGUCGGACCCACUGGGACCGGGAAGUCAUCCUACAUUGUCGAUUUUUUAGUGAAAAAGGUAGACACGAAAAUAUACAAAGCUUUGAUAAUGGCCUUCUCUGCGCAAACUAACUGCAACCAGACGCAGGAUAUCAUCAUGGGUAAACUUGAUAAAAGGAGAAAAGGUAUGUUCGGGCCACCUAUUGGUUGCUAUUGCGUAGUGUUUGUGGAUGAUGUUAGCAUGCCUCAGGCAGAAACAUAUGGAGCACAACCUCCUAUAGAAGUUUUGCGACAAGGUAUUGACCUUGGAUUGUGGUAUGACAGGAAAACAAAUGUUGCUAUGCAUUUGGUAGAUGUACAGUUUAUGUGUGCAAUGGGUAAACCCACCCCCGGUGCUAAAUUGGUGACACCAAGGUUUUCGCGACACUUCUCCUUUUUAUGUAUCGACGAAUUUGAUGAAGAUACGUUGAAGGUUAUUUUUAACAGAAUCAUGGUAUGGCAUAUUGAAAACAGAGGGUUCCCCAGAGACUUCGAUUCUUGUAUAUUCCAAAUCGUAAAUGGCACGUUGGAAGUGUACAAACAGUGUCGGCUGAAUCUAUUGCCCACGCCUGCGAAAUCUCAUUAUACAUUUAACUUACGGGACUUCUCAAGGGUGAUUUUGGGAGUACUUCUGUCGUUACCAGCUGCAAUACCCGAUGAACAGUCAAUGAAACGUUUAUGGGUGCAUGAGAAUCUACGUGUCUUCUCCGAUCGUUUAGUGGAGGAUGCGGAUAGACAGUGGAUAGUCACAUGUCUUCGAGAUGCUAUGAUUACCUAUCUCGAUGAAGAUUUCGAUAUUAUUCUCCAGCAUUUGUUAGAGCCUAAUGAAAAAGGAAUAAAGAUAACUGAUGUACAUUUACGUAAACUCAUAUACUGCGACUUUGCCAAUCCGAAGCCAGAUACUCGGUACUAUAUGGAGACUACCGAUAUGGACCACCUCAGUGCUACAGUGGAUGCAUUCUUGGCAGAGUUUAAUAAUAUGUCCAAGAAGCCAAUGAAUUUAGUGCUUUUUAGAUUCGCAAUAGAGCAUGUGUCCCGUAUCUCUCGCGUGCUGACGCAGCCGCGGUCACAUGGGCUGCUAGUUGGGCUGGGAGGCUCGGGUCGGCAGUCGCUCACCAGGCUCUCCGCGCAUAUCAACGAAUAUGACCUUUUCCAGGUUGAAAUGAGUAGAACAUAUGGAAAGACGGAAUGGCGGGAAGACUUAAAGACGUUAUUGAGAAAGUCCAGCACACCUGAUUUGCACAUGGUGUUCUUGUUUAUCGAAUCUCAGAUCAAAGAAGAAGGAUUCUUGGAAGAUGUAAAUAACAUGCUGAACUCUGGCGAAGUACCUAAUAUAUUUGAGUCAGAUGAAAAGGCGGAAAUAUGUGAAAAGAUGCGAGUGAUCGACAGGCAGCGCGACAAGUCCCUGCAGACGGACGGCAGCCCGACGGCGCUGUACGCGUACUUUGUGUCGAUCGUGCGCGACCAGCUGCACAUCGUGCUGGCCAUGUCACCCGCCGGCACCUCGCUUCGCACGCGCAUACGCAAGUUCCCUAGCUUAGUCAACUGCUGCACCAUCGACUGGUUCCAGGAAUGGCCACCAGACGCAUUGCUAGCUGUAGCUACACGGUUUCUGAAGGACAUUGAGUUGACAAACCUGGAACGAGAAACGGCCAUCAAACUUUGUCAAGUGUUUCACACUGAUACACAGGAACUGACGCGGCAAUUUUUGUUGAGACUCAAACGAUACAACUAUGUGACGCCCACCGCUUACUUGGAACUCAUCAACAUGUUCAAGUCAUUAUUGAACAGGAAACGCGCGGAAUUAAUAACUGGCGAAAAACGUUACCUUACCGGUUUGGAUCAGCUUGCUAUCGCAGCUAAAUCAGUGGCUGCAUUGCAAAAAGCGUUGGAGGUACUGCAACCUAAAUUGGCUGCGGGUGCCGCGGCUGUGGCGCUCACCACUGCUAAGGUGGAGAAGGAGAAGGAAGGAGUCGCUCUCGUUGAAGCAGAUGUAUUGGUGGACCAGGCCGCUGCUGAGGAACAGGCAGCAGCAGCUCAAGCUAUAAAGGAGGAGUGCGAUGCUGAUCUAGCUGAGGCUAUGCCGAUCUUGAAUUCAGCGCUUGCGGCGCUAGACACGUUGACUCCGCAAGAUAUCACAUUUAUAAAAACCAUGAAAAGCCCACCGAGAGGUAUUAAGCUCGUCAUGGAGGCGAUUUGUAUUUUAAAGGAAAUGAAACCAGAUAAAAUCCCGAACCCAUCCGGGGUUGGAACCAUAGAAGACUACUGGGGUCCGUCAAAGAAGUUGCUAAACGAUAUCAAGUUUCUCGAGGGUCUUCAGAACUAUGAUAAGGAUAAUAUCCCUCCCCCAGUCAUGAAGAAACUGAUGACAACUAUUAUGUUAGAUGAAGGAUUUGUGCCAGAGAAAAUUCGAGCUGUGUCUGUAGCCGCUGAGGGUAUGUGUAAAUGGGUUAUCGCAAUGACAAAGUACGAUAAAGUCGCGAAGGUGGUUGCGCCUAAAAAGCAAAAAUUGGCUGCCGCACAGGCUGUCUAUGAUAGGGCCAUGGGAGCGCUCGCGAUUAAACAGGCUCAACUGAAAGAGAUUCAAGAUAAAUUAGCGAAAUUAGAAGAGGCCCUUGAUGAACAAAAACGCCAGCAAAAAUUUCUCGACGAUGAAGUAUUAGAUUGCAGUAACAAACUAAAACGAGCUGAAAUGCUUAUCUCCGGUUUGGGAGGUGAAAAAACGAGAUGGACACAAAUAGCUAAAGAAUUAAGAGCAACUUACAAUACGCUAACAGGUGACAUUUUAGUUGCUGCUGGUAUUAUUGCAUACCUUGGACCAUUUACUGCCGCAUUUAGAAAUACACAGAUAAAAAGCUGGGCGCAAGACACUCACGACUGUGGCAUAGUGUGCACGUUAAACUACAGUGUUAUCAAAACUCUCGGUGAGCCAGUAACUAUACAGCAAUGGAAUAUCGACGGCUUGCCUUCGGAUGAUUUUAGCGUUGAAAGCGCAAUCAUUAUUAUGGCAGCACGGCGUUGGCCACUUAUGAUAGAUCCACAAGGACAAGCGAAUAGAUGGAUCAAAACUAUGGAAAAAGCGAACAAUCUGUGCAUAUGUCGCUUGACACAAACUAACCUCGGCAGAGUACUCGAAAACGCUGUACAAUUUGGACAACCGGUCUUGCUAGAAAACGUUUUGGAAGACCUGGAUCCAAUGUUAGAACCUCUGCUUCAACAACAAACUUUCCGUCAGGGUGGCGCGCUAUGUAUCAAGAUUGGUGAUACUGUAGUUGAGUACAACAAGGAUUUCAAGUUAUAUAUUAGUACGAAACUAGCAAAUCCGCAUUAUUUGCCCGAAGUAGGUGUUCGAGUGACUUUGGUAAACUUCAUGUUAGCCAGAGAUGGAUUAGUGGCACAAUUAUUAUCACGAGUGGUAGCUCGUGAGCGACCAGAUCUGCAACAAGCCAAAUUAGACUUGACUACCCAGAGUGCUGAACAUCGUCGAUUGUUACAAGAAAUUGAAAAGAAAAUUUUGAACGUGUUGUCCACAUCAGAGCAUUUACUAGAAGAUGAGGAAGCAGUCCAGAUUCUAAACUCAGCGAAAGACAUGUCAAAUGAAAUUAAAGAAAAGCAAGAAGUAGCAAUGGUUACAGAAAAGGCUAUAGACGAGGCGCGUGAUCACUAUGUACCUAUCGCCGAACACUCUACAAAUUUGUUCUUCCUUAUCGCAUCCUUGGCAAAUAUUGAUCCUAUGUACCAGUAUUCGCUGGGGUGGUUCGAGGGGCUUUUCGUGGCAUCCAUCGACAAUACAGAAAAAGUAGAAGAAAUUCCUCAUCGGCUUCAAAUACUGCGUGCUUACUUCACGUUGUCACUGUAUAGCAAUAUUUGCCGAAGUCUUUUUGAAAAGGACAAAAUGGUUUUCUCUUUGCUUCUUACGAUAACAAUAAUGCUGGCGGAAGGUGAACUUGAACAACCUCACGUAUUGUUUUUGAUGGGUGGAGCACAACCUCGUCAUGUCCCACCUAAUCCUGUUCAUUUCCUUAGUCCCCAAAACUGGACAGAGUUUUGUGGGCUUAAUGAACUCCCGAAAUUCCACGGAAUAUAUGAUCACUUUAUGGAACACCAGGAUGCCUGGGAAGCUUAUUGCGAUACUAAAGAUCCUCAAAAUCAGCCUUUGCCAGCACCUUGGAACACAAAUCUUACUUUAUUUGAGAAACUGAUGGUCUUGCGUUGUAUGCGACUUGAUAUGAUGGUCCCAGCUGUCCAAAACUUUGUUGAAGUGACAAUGGGAAAAUCAUUUAUUGAACCUCCGUUAUUCGAUCUGGCUUCCUCAUACGCAGAAUCUCACUGCUGCAUUCCAUUGCUGUUUGUACUGACUCCUGGUUCAGAUCCUAUGGGCACUUUACUCAAGUUCGCCGAUGAUCAGGGAUUUGGAGCUUCCCGCUUAUUUUCCUUAUCUUUGGGUCAAGGACAAGGCCCAAUAGCAGUAAAACUUAUUGACGAGGGUGUCCGCAGCGGAACUUGGGUGGUACUCCAGAACUGCCAUUUAGCUAAAAGUUGGAUGCCAAUGCUUGAAAAGAUCUGCGAAGGUUUGUUACCAGAUACGACGCAUCCUGAUUUUAGACUUUGGUUGACAUCAUAUCCAGCCGAUCAUUUUCCUGUAUACGUAUUGCAGAAUGGAGUAAAAAUGACGAAUGAACCGCCUCAAGGUUUGCGAGCAAAUAUCGCGCGAUCGUACCAAGGCGACCCAAUUAACGAUCCCGAAUGGUUCGAGGGAAAUAAACAGUCAGCUAAUUUCAAAAAGCUGCUGUUUUGCUUGUGUUUCUUCCACGCUGUGGUGCAAGAGCGGCGACAGUUCGGUCCUCUAGGGUGGAACAUCCGCUAUGAAUUUAAUGAAACUGACCUACGGAUCAGCGUAACACAGCUUUAUAUGUUCCUCAAUGAAUACGAUGACGUUCAGUUCGUGGCGCUCCGCUACCUGACCGGCGAGUGCAACUACGGCGGCCGUGUCACCGAUGACUGGGAUCGUCGCACCCUCAACACUAUUCUCUAUAAGUUCUAUAACCCGCUUGCUCUUGAUGAAAAGCAGUACUCACUCGCCCCGCAUCCUGCCUACUAUGUUCCAACAUUGAAUGAACACGGGGAAUUCAUAGCGUUUGCCUUUGGACUGCCAGUCGCCGCCCCACCGGCAGUGUUUGGCUUCCAUUCCAAUGCUGACAUCACUAAACACUUCCGUGAGGCGAAUGAGUUGCUUGAUACGGCUAUACUAACUCAGGAUACAAUGGCGGCCGGAGGCACAGGCGAAACACCAGAAGAGCAAGCAAUGGCAAUCGCCGAAGAUGUGCUAAGGCGGCUUCCGGAUAAGAUCCUGUCGGGGCCGUCCCACGAGGGCAAUAUCCGGCCGGCCGACAUGACGCCCAUGUCCAUCGUGGUGAUCCAAGAGGCGGCGCGAUACGAGCGGCUCGUGGACGUGGUGCGUUCCAGCUCGCGGGCCGUCAUCGGCGCCGUACAAGGUGUCAGCGUUCUGACGGAUAUCACAGAAGAGGUAUUGACCAGCAUGGUGCGCGGCCGCAUCCCCACGUUAUGGAUAGGCAAGAGCUACCCGUCUCUCAAGCCUCUGGCAGCCUACGUCAACGACCUACUGGCAAGAUUGGAAUUUCUGCAGCAUUGGCAUACUCACGGGCCUCCAUUAAUAUUUUGGCUGUCAGGCUUUUAUUUCCCGCAAGCUUUCCUUACAGCGGCUCAGCAGAGCUAUGCCAGGAAGUACAAGAUUCCUAUCGAUCAGCUUGCAUUUCAUUAUGAGGUCCAAAAAGAUCAAAACAAGGAGAAGCCACCUCCUGAAGGCGUCUACGUGACAGGUUUAUUCAUGGAAGGGGCGCGCUGGAACAUGCAAACCUAUUGUGUCGAUGAAUCUAUCCCUAAAGUGCUGUACGACGAAUUUCCGAUAAUAUGGCUGAUCCCGUUGAAACGCGAGGAUAUUCCGACGGACGUGUUCUACAACUGCCCACUGUACAAGACGGGCGACCGUCGCGGCGUGCUCUCCACCACCGGACACUCCACCAACUACAUCCUCUUCGUCAGACUACCCACUAAGCAAGAUCCUGAUCACUGGAUCAUGCGAGGAGUUGCGCUUCUUACACAGCUUCCCUUCUAGGCUACUAACAUUUUUUAUUGACAUUUACAUUUUAUAUGGGAAUAGGGUGGUUUCCAACUAGUCAAAUCAGUUACUUUUUUUCAAACACGAAACUGCUAUGGCAUUUGUAUGGAAAAGCAACCUGUGACGUCAUAGAAAAAGUGUCAAAAUGUUGUACUUAUUUUACACAUUUCUUUAUUAAAAUCUACGAUAAAAAUUCAUGAAAACGAUUUUUGUCACCUUUAAAUCGGUCUUCAUUUAGUAAUCAGAAUUUCAUAAUAUUGAUCCCUGAUCUAGGAAACU